AUGCCGGCUGGAGCGCUCAACCUGACGCUGUACACGACGCAGGCUGUGGUCCUGUUGGAUGCGGAGGGCCACCGCCUGUAUGCGAAGUACUUUGAGCCGCUCGCUGCCAAGGAUGCGCCGGCGCCGCCUACGAUGGCCCCUGGGCUCGCGCCGCUCGUGGCGCGGAACCCGUUUCCGACGCUCAAGCAGCAGCAGAAAUUUGAGCAGAGCAUUUGGGACAAGGCGCGCCGUGCAUCCGGCGAUCUGUUUCAGUAUGAGGGUCAUCUCGUGCUGUUCAAGGCGUCGUAUGACGUGUACCUCUUUGUGAUUGCGCCUGAUCGUGAGAAUGAGCUCAUGAUCCACAGCUUUUUGCAGUCGCUCUAUGACACACUGACGAUUCUGCUGCAGAGUCAAAUGGACAAGCGGACGGUGCUAGAUAAUUUGGAUCUUGUGACGAUUGCGAUCGACGAGAGUGUGGACGAUGGCAUCAUACUCGAGACGGACAGCGCGGCGAUCGCGAAUCGCGUCACGCGCACGCGACCUGACACGAUCGAGGUCCAGCUGAAUGAGCAGACGAUUAUGAAUGCCUACUCGAACUUCCGCGACAAGGUCGUCCAGCGCCUCGGCAGUCUAUAG